AUGGAACCCCGCUAUCCAAACACUGCUCAUUAUGGCCACGCUCGGCCGCGCUCGCCAACCUUCAACCCAGCAAGAGCCUCGCUGCCCAGCAGUAUAGGAUAUAGUUCAAUGUAUGGCGGUGAUAUUCAUGUCAUGCCAACGUCCCGAUACACCGGAACUUCGAAUCGCCAUCGCUCCGUCGCAAGCCCAACUACCACCACACACUACGCCGUCUCGAAAGAUCCCCUGGCCCGGGGCCCCAACUUGCGAGAAGCCAGUCGUUCCCGCCGCUCCUCAACACUUGAUUCAUCGAGUCCUCGACCUGUCAUCGUCACGACAACACAGAGACCGCAAGGCCAUCAACCCUCACACUCGUCCGGCGGUAGACACAGCAGCCCGACGCGCGACGAAUACCGAACAAGCGAUUCUUUAUUUUACACGCAACCUGCCUCUUCGAUACGGUCCCGAAGUCACGCUCGUGGCAGCUCAUACGGCACCCAUGACGAGUUUGCUCACCUUCGGACCGGCGACAACCUCGGCGCAAGGCAUGAUACGUACCGUAGUCGUACGCCAGCCAUAUAUUCCAAUACACCACGCCACAGCGGUACAAAUGUAGCUUAUGGGGGCGAGGGCUAUGAGUACACGAAUCCCAGCGACUUGGCUCGCUACGACCUCACUCAUGAUCGCCCAACCCGGUCACAGAGGCGGGAAAGCUUCGAUCGUAGCUACUCCCGGCCUCACGUGAACGUGCCCGCGGACGCCGGCUGGGCGUACAACAGUUCCACGCGAUACGACAACCGUGGUGGUCCUCCCCCUAGCACCAGAGGCUUCGACAAGAUUACCCGCAGCUCCACUGUGGUUCCAUACGAGGCGCCGCCACUUCAAGACUCUGUUCCGCCCACGGUCCCCGUAGCGCCACAACGACUCCAGGUCCCCGACAGCCCAAAGGAACGUCGUACCGGCGGUUCACCGGAAGUCGGUGUUGUGUCUAAUGCCGAGCCUCGGGGGCCCCGCAGACGGCCAGUCUCGGUUUAUCAAGAGGGCGCACCACGCUCUAUUCAUCACGAAGAGUAUUAUCGAAGCAGAGAAGAUGACCGUGCCCAGAAAUUGUCACGCGACCACGAACGGGAACUUGAUCAAGGCUAUGGCACCAUUCAUACCGAUUCCUUUCGCGACGAAAGUAUCGCGGCGCGUGGCUUCGGCAUCAGGACGGAACCCCCUGCCGCACCAGCCCGCAACGACGCUGCGACAGCCGGCGCGGAUUACGAUAGCCGCCGUGAUGUGCGCAAAGGAGCCCGCAUGCUAGCAGCGAAGGGAGAAGAAUUUCCGACGAGGACAACAGGCGGCCAGCUUCGCGACAAGGUCGGCACUGGGCUCGGGAUCGCCGCUACAGCUCUAGGCCUCCAGCAUGCUGUGGGCAAGGACAAGGACAAGGAUGGCAAGCUGCCUGAGAAGAGCGAUCAAGAACCGUCUCGUCGACGGAGCCCGGAUGAUGACCGCGAUCGCCGGCGGGAUGAAGACUUGUCUUCUAAACCAAAUGACCGGUACAGGCCACGCGAAGAGUCUCGCGACCCCCGUGAUCGCGCACCCGUCAUCGUCGAGACCCGUUCGUCCGUGCCACAGCCAAAGGAUGAAGCCGAUACCCGUGACCGCCUUCGUCGGGAGGCUGAAGCUAGACUUGGCGGCGAAGGUCCGAGAGUAGGGGGCCCUCGUGAGGCAUCAUCAGAUGAGGAGGCCGUUGCCAAGACUAGGAGGAGACGUCCCUCCAUCGCAUUUGACCCAACAAAUACAUCGGAUCUCAAGGCUCUGAAAGAGCAGAUGGCUGCCAUGAACGCUGCCGAGCCGUCAAAGCCUAGGUUGGACAGGCCUGUCGAUGCAGAAUUGUCGAGGGACCCUCGAGAAUCAAGAGAAUUGCGGGAUUCUCGAGACGAAAGGGACUUGAGGGAUCCUCGGGACCAAAGGGACUCGAGGGAUUCUCGGGACCAAAGGGACUCGAGGGAUUCAAGAGAUUACCGAGACAUCAGGAGUGCAGCUACUGAGCCAUCACGGGACUACAGGGAGCCUCACGCAUCAACAUCCGAGCCACCGCGCGACUAUAGAGAUAGUCGCGCUACUGUGGCAGAGCCAGUCCGCGACUACAAAGAUUACAAAGAUGGCCUUCGUUCGGUGCCUGUUGAUUCCUACAGGGAACAUAGGGAGUCACGCUCGGCGGUGCCGGAACCCACGCGAGAUAUGAAGGACGCUCAAGUAGUGUCGCCACCUAUCCCGCCAAAAGAGCCGAUCCUGCCUCCAUCUCAAGAUUCGACACUUGUUGGGGGUAAGGACGAAUCUCGCGGCCGAGAGCUGACCCCUUUGAAAACUGAAGACAAGCAGGUCCGUGUCGUCUCGCCACCUCGCGACAAAUCGGAUUCCAAGCCAUUAAAGGGCAUUCUGAAGCAACCCAGCAAAUUCCCCGAGGAGCACAACCCUAUUCGUGAGGGCGUCGCUCCGCAUAAGGACGACAAGAAACUCAAGGAUGCUCCUGCAGGCGCGCGCUGGACUAAGAUUAGCCGCAAGGUUGUUAAUCCUGAAGCUCUGACGGUCGGCAAAGAACGAUUCGAGGUUCGCGAUGAUUUUGUUAUCGUUCUGAGAGUCCUAAGCAAAGAGGAGAUUCAAGCGUACGCCUCGGCAACACAGAUACUCCGAGGUAGGCCAUUUGACAGCCUUCUCCAACAUGGUGCACUGCUAACUUACUAUCAAGAGCGGCGACGAGACGGAGAACGCACAAGCGAUCGCGAUCGUGACCGCGACGCUGAUCGAGUACGAGAUCGCGAGCGGGGGCGUGAACGCGAUGGCGAUGAUGAUGAAAGGUCAAAGGCGUACCGCCAACACCGCCGCGAUGAUGAUUACGACAAAUACGACGACGAUCGCGAACAGGAUCGCGGAGAUCGGCACCGGAGGCACGAAGAAGACUCGAGGCAUCACCGUCGACACCGUGGCGAUCGAGAGCGUGACCAGCUGGCUGUUGAAGGAUGA